AUGAGACUGUCUGUAAUCCUCCUGUUUCUCCAGUUGUGGGGGAACGUGGAACUUUCUUUGUCACAAAAUGCAUGUUCAAAGCUCCCCGAUGUUCCUCAUGCUCAUGUGUCACAAGAAACCAAAAAAGCUGAGUACCAGGAAGGAGACGUGGUUCAUUUCCCCUGUGAGCCUGGUUAUAUAUCAGAUCACACUUCAAAAUAUGUCUGCACAAGUGAAGGCUGGCUAGUCAUCCGUCGGGGAAUGUGCUACUCAUGUUCAAAGCUUCCAGAUGUUCCUCACGGCCGUGUGACAGAAGAGACCAGAAAAGCUCAUUAUCAAGAAGGAGACAUGAUACAUUUCACAUGUGAACCUGGUUAUACAUCAGAUCUGACCAUCAAAUACAUAUGUGCGAGUGAGGGCUGGCUGGCAGUCCGACAGGGAUUGUGUUACUACUCUUGUCAAGUUGGCGAGAUGCCCCCUGAUCUCUAUGUAGCUGGAUUACCGCCAUCAAACAAAACAAUAAAAAAUGGACAUAAAUUACGGUUUCUCUGCGGCAAUGACUUUAAACUGGAUGGGUCUGAAGAAAUUGAGUGUUUAGAAACUGGAGAGUGGAGUGCCCCCUUCCCAACCUGCUCUGCCUACUGUGACAAGCUCAGCAAUGAGAAGCUGUCAAUGAACUUCACCUCGGAUAAAGACAGAUACAUGAAUGGAGACGUGAUCGAGUAUCAGUGUGUCAUACCUGAUGCAGCAGCUGAAGGCACUGCAACAUGUACCGAUGGCAAGUGGAUCAAAACAGUAGAGUGCAAAG